AUGGGACGCAAAGGAUCAAAAGGCGGCGGCGCCAAGAAGCGCGGAGCGCCAGGUGCGACCAUCGACAAGAUUGAGCGCUACGAGGACACGCUCGAGGAGGGUGGCGUGGACGACUUCAUGUUCAAGCGCGACCAGAUCUCGUUCAACCCCCAGAACGACGAUGGCGACGACGACAUCAACGGCGAGCAGGGAGAGGAGGUUUUGAGCCUUGACCCCAAGCGCAGGCGAGGCGACGACGAUGAGGAGAUGGAGGAGGAGUAUGACGAGGACGAGGAGGAGUCGUUCGGCGCAGCUGCCCAGCGCAAGGAGCGCAAGCAGAAGGUCAAGCCUGACCUGUCCACCAAGGGACGUUUCGGCAAGGAGGAGAUCGACAGCGACGCUUCGUCGGAGGACGACUCGGAAUCCGGCUCCGAGGAUGAGGACGAGGAGGGCUGGGGUCGCCAGUACUACUCGCGUCCCUCGGCUCGCCGUGAGAAGGAGAAGGAGGGUGUCUACGACGAGACGCGCGAGGAGGAGCGCGAGCUCGAAGAGAAGGAGGUGCGGAGACUUCAGCGUCGCGCUCGCGAGGCUCUGGACGGUGACGACUGGGGUCUCGACGACGUCGAGGUCGAGCACACCGCCGCCCCUGUUGUUGAAACCGAGGACGCGGCGCCCGUCCACGUCCCCGCCCCCAAGACCGACGACCCCAUUGCCCUCCUCCGCCACCUCCAGGUCUACGAGCCCCUCAAGCUCGCUCUUACUCGCGACUUCUCUCUCGUUGUCUACAAGCUCAAGAAGACUGCCCGUGGCAUCAAGAAGAUGGCUGCGGAACGUGAGGGCGAGGAGUCUCUCCACAAGGGUCUUGGUUGGCUUCACUACCAGACUCUUCUUACGUACGCCACUACUCUGGCCUUCUACAUCCACCUCUGUGCCUUGCCUGCCGACGAGCGUCCGGACAUGUCGACCCACCCCAUCCUCCAGCGUCUGCUCCAGCUCAAGGAAGGUGUUGCGGCGCUCGAGGACCUCGACUUUGCCGCUGGUUCUAUUUCGGAUGCCGGACCCGAACUCUUCAUCCGUCCCGACGAGGGCGAUGACGAUGAGGACGAGGAGGACGGCUACGCCGAGAUGAUCGCCGCCAAGCGCGAGUUGCUGGCACGCACCAACGAGGGUGUCGGCAUGGUGCCAGAGGACGACGAGUUCUCGGACGAGGAUGAUGACGAGGACGAGGAUGAAGAUGACGAGGACGAGUUUGACUGGGAGCAGGAUGCCCAGAACCUGUGGCACACUGCUGGUAUGGAGGACGGCGAGCUCGACGACCUUUUGGCCGACGCCGAUGCCGACGACGCAGACAUGGUGCCUGUGUCCAAGCCCAAGUCGACGAAGAGGGAGAAGCGGUCGAGGAAGAAGGACUCCAAGUCCACGGAGGAGGGAGCCUCGACCGUCGCGUUUACACCGAUGGCCGAACCCGAGUUUGUGUCAUCCAAGAAGAAGAAGUCAAAGGCCCGCGCCUACGGCGACGACGAGGAGACCAUGGGAGACGCCACUUCGCUCGACGACGCCGACGCUGCGGACAAGGAGACCAAGAAGCGCUCGCUGCGCUUCCACACCUCCAAGAUUGCCGCCACGUCGGCACGUCGCAGUGCUGCCCGCGACAAGCGCCUCGGUGGAGACGACGACAUUCCCUACCGCGACCGCCAGGCCGCCCGCGACGCCGCUCUGCGCAAGAACGGCCCCAAGGGCAACGGUGGCGAGGACCUCGACGGCUCAGACUGGACGGAGAGCGACCGCAAGCGUGCUCGCGAGGUUCGCGACGAGGCCGAGGACGACGAGCCCGAGGGCGACGACGGAUACUACGACCUUGUCAAGCGCCGCAAGACUGCAAAGGACGAGGCCAAGCAGCUUGCCCACGAGGCGUACCGCGAGGAGAAGUUCGCUUCCUUCGAGGACGAGACCAGCGAGGGCCCCCGUGCCCUUACCCGUGCCAUCGAGAAGAACCGUGGUCUCACCCCUCGCCGUUCCAAGACUGGCCGCAACCCUCGUGUCAAGAAAAAGCUUGCCUACGAGAAGGCCAAGCAGAAGGUCGGCUCGCAGCGUGCCGUCUUCAAGGGUGGCCAAGCGACUCUUUCCGGCUCGUACUCGGGAGAGAAGACUGGUAUCUCGCUUACCGCCAAGUCGCGCAAGUUCUAG